AGCUGGGCUUUGCAUUCAAGCAGUGAAAAAAGUUAGAAACGGGUUGUUGUUAGUAUAGAAACUUUAAAGCGAAUAGCAGUAUUCAGAUACGCAAGUAGAGUCUGGGUUCAAUUAACUACAACUAGAAUCUCAAUUCACAUUAGUCGCAACCACAAAUUUCAUUGCAAAUUUACCAUUUUAAAGUGACUGUGCGGGGGAGUGUGUGUGUGUGCCUGAGUGAGAACGUGGGAAACACAAUAUAAGAAAAUAUGUCUAUGAGUAACUUAUCAGUAGACGGAGAGUUCCGUUAUAUUAUUCAAUGGUUUAACGAAUGGAGUGAACUGCAACGCGAUGAUUUUGUGUAUGUAUUUGUGGAGUAUCUCACGAGAGACGCAUCCGUGGGCGCAGGUGAAGGUGGAAGUGGAAAUGGAAGUGGAGGCAGCACCUAUGUAAAUGGCGUUGUGAAUUCCCUGGCCACGUCGGGAGUACAGGACAAGCCCAUGAGCCUAUUUCAAUGCCGCAUUAAACUGUUCCGGGAAUGGAAUCCCAAAUGGCCGGCAGACUUCAAAUCUAAACUGCAAGAGCAAAUCAACGAGAUUGACCCGAAAGUGGGGGAAAAGAUCAUCAAUGAACUGAAGACGCCGCAUUCUAUGCACAAUGGUGACGUAUCUGUUCAUUUAAAUGUAAAUGGAACUAGCGGCAACAUCGAUUGUGAAUUGGAGCAGUCGACGGAUGUCUCAGUCACAAUAGAAACAACGCAAGCAACGACAACUCCAGCCGCCGUAAACGAUGUUAGUGAGCAGACUUUGGAGACAGAUAAUGAUAGCCAUUUAGCAGCGGUAUUGCGUCAAGAAACUCCAGUUGAUGAUGAUGAUGAUCAGCUAGCCAACAAUGAUGGCAAUACUGAUACAAAUGGCAUUUAUGCAUCGUCGGCUGCAGUGACAACGAUUGCGGUGAACGCGUCUCCAACUCAGCAGCAGCCACAGUCGGAGUCGCCGUCGCAAUCAGAGUCGGAGUCGCAGCCGAUCGCAGUCGAACCUGUAGAACAGGUCGAGAAUCACGUUUCAGCUAGUGUCAUUGUCUCUGUUGCUGCUUCUGCUGCUGCUGCUGCGCCAGAAGUAGUCCCGGUGGCAUAGAUCAACCGCUGCUUAUGGCGCUCUUUCCAAGAUCAAGUACGAGAUACAAAAAAAGGCUUAACGGGAGCAACCUAAUGCAUUGCACGCCAUCAGCAUCAAUACAUUCCAUACAUACAUACAUUUCUAGAAAGUAAGACAUUCUUUUUUAAGUAAAGUGCAUUUCAUACACAUUUACUAAACAUGUUAGUAAUUUGUGAAUAAGAAUAUAAGAUCAAAAUAUAUACAUACAUAUAUGACCAUUGAA